AUGACCUCGUUGUUUCUCGGCCUUUCCUUUUCUCUUCCUCCCCAUCUUCCCAAAAUUCCUCCCUCACGAUCUUCACGUCUUCCCUCAAACAUUCCACUGCGGACCCUACGUCCUGAUAAUCACCAACACCAAGACCCGGACUCGCAAGCGACGUCAUUGCUCGCGUCCCGCAGCGACCACGAUCGUGAAUACGACGACGAUAGCGACGAUACUAACCCCAACCACCAUCACGACGUCGCCAAACCUAAACGUCGCCCGUCUUAUUCCGGCUCCGAGUCGUCGUGGACCGACACCGGUGAUAUCGGCGAGCAGCUCGCUGACGAGCACGACCCUGUUCGUCUGCAGCUUGGUUCCGAUAUAGAGGACGAGCUUCUAGCAAACGUCCACCGUCGACAACCCAAGCACGGGAAUCAAAAGAGAGUUCGAAUCCAAGACUCAAAUUCUCACCACCGUUCUUCUCGGUCCCGAUCUGCCCUUAUCAAUAAGGAGGCUAUCGAGGUCCCCAACUUUAACCCUCCAGGCCCUUCCCGUGUCGAACGUAUACUCGGUACCAUCAUGGCAGGACGCACAGGAUCCAUCCAUGGCCUCACAGGCAAGGCCUUGAUCUACUUCACCAGUAUCUUUGUUUCACUAGGUGUUUUCCUUUUCGGAUACGAUCAGGGUGUCAUGUCUGGAAUCAUCACCGGUCCAUACUUUAUGGACUAUUUCGGCCACCCCUCAAAAGCCUAUGUUGGUACUAUGGUGGCAAUCCUGGAGAUUGGCGCAUUCAUCACUUCCUUGAUGGUCGGUCGCAUUGGAGAUAUUAUCGGACGACGACGGACUAUUUUUUACGGUUCAUGCGUCUUUUUCAUUGGAGGUGCACUCCAGACACUGGCUACUUCCAUGCCUAUGAUGAUGGCUGGCCGUUUCAUUGCUGGUUUCGGCGUUGGCGCGCUCUCGACUAUUGUGCCCGUUUACCAGUCUGAGAUUUCGCCUCCUCACAAUCGAGGAAAGCUGGCUUGCAUCGAGUUCACAGGAAACAUCGUUGGCUACGCCACAUCUGUCUGGGUUGACUACGGCUGCGGCUACAUCGAGAGCGACUAUUCCUGGCGCAUUCCUCUCGGACUGCAAUGUGUUAUGGGAGCCCUCCUCGGUCUGGGCAGUCUUGUCAUUGUUGAGUCCCCUCGAUGGCUUUUGGAUAACGACCAUGACGAAGAGGGUAUGGUUGUCAUUGCCAACUUGUACGGCGGCGGCGACAUUCACGACCCGAAGGCUCGAGAUGAAUACCGCGAGAUCAAGAUGAAUGUCCUUCUCCAGCGACAAGAAGGCGAGCGCACAUACAAGGACAUGUUCCGCCGAUAUAAGACUCGCGUUUUCAUCGCUAUGUCUGCUCAAGCGCUCGCCCAACUCAACGGUAUCAACGUUAUUUCUUACUACGCGCCUUAUGUUUUUGAGUCCGCCGGCUGGGUUGGCCAUGAUGCCGUUCUCAUGACUGGUUUCAACAGUCUCACCUAUCUCAUGUCGACAAUUCCACCAUGGUACCUGGUUGAUCGCUGGGGACGACGCAAGAUUCUUCUUUCUGGCGCCACGGCCAUGGCUAUCUCACUAUCGCUCAUCUCUUACUUCCUAUUCCUCGAUAUCAAGUGGACUCCACGAUUGGUCGUUUUGUUUGUUAUGAUCUACAACGCUGCUUUUGGCUACUCAUGGGGACCUAUCCCAUGGUUGUACCCACCUGAGAUUCUCCCUCUCAGCAUUCGAUCCAAGGGUGCCAGUUUGUCGACAGCAACAAACUGGGCCGCCAACUGGCUGGUAGGAGAAAUGACACCAAUUCUUCAGGAAUGGAUCAAGUGGCGCAUGUACCUUGUUCAUGCUUUCUUUUGUGUAGUUAGUGUGGUUGUUGUCUACUUUAUUUACCCCGAGACUUGUGGUGUCCGCCUGGAAGACAUGGAUUCGCUCUUCGGAGAUGCCAGUACUGUUGCUGGCACACCCUCGUUACACGGCACUGAAACCGGUUCCUUGAUGAGGGGCGGAUCUCCUGUCGGAUCGUCUCGUGGACUUAUCGGACCCUCAUCUGCCAUCCCUGGCCUUUCUCUGGAUCCUCCUACUAUCGACGAUGACAGUAAAUCUCAGAUGCAGAGUGGUGGUGAUGAACGGGGCGUCGGCGGGUGGUUUUCAAGAGUUGUCGGUCGAAACCGAUCCGAUAGCGGUAGCAGCGCGCAAGGUCGUUAUGCUCCCCUUGGCCAACAGGAAGAAGGUCGUCGUGACGACCGUUGA